AUGGCAUCGUAUCUGGGAAGCCUAGCGCAAUUUAAUGUGAAUGUUGAUACGUGGCAGAUCUACCAGGAACAGUUGGACCAAUUUUUGGAGGUUAAUAAAAUCAAGAAUGUCAGACAUGACAAAUCAAACAUGUCAUAUCAAAAUUGGUUCCUAUGUUUGUUAGAUUUGGAAUUCCAGGGAUUUUGAAAUCAGAUGGUGGCAGACAAUUUACUUCAGAGCAAUUCAAACAAUUUGCUAAGGAUUUUGACAUUGAAUUGGUUAAUUCUUCCCCAACAUAUGCUCAAUCUAAUGGAAUGGUGGAAAGAGCUAUUCAAACAGUAAAGAAAAUGUUGAGUAAAGCUUUAGAAGAUGGUCUUGAUUGGAAUUAA